AUGGACUUCCUUCGUCAACGUCUUCCUGCUCCAAGGCAGGACCAGGAGGCCCGCCGGGCUCGUAAGCAAGGCGGUCCCGCCGCAGCAAACGAAUCUUACCAGCCUUCACGCAUCGCGCAGCUUGCCCAAGAAUCGCCGGCCUGGUAUACCUCUGCUGCCCGCCGGAAGCUGUAUUUCCUACUCUUUCCUGCCGCCGUUGUCUCCUACGCAACAAGUGGCUACGAUGGCUCGAUGAUGAACUCCCUCCAGACGGUAUCCUACUUUGACGAUUUCUUCGACAACCCACGUGGCGCGGUUCUCGGCCUGAUGAGCGCCAUCAUGGCGUUGGGUAGUAUCUGCUCAACUCCCAUUGCUCCAUGGGUUGCAGAUAGGUUCGGAAGAAGAUGGGGUAUCACGACUGGCAGCUUGAUCAUGAUUGUUGGCGCUAUCCUCCAGUGCGAAAGUACAGAGUUCGCCAUGUUUGUUGUCAGCAGAUUCGUGCUCGGCUUCGGUCUUUCUUUCGCCACUACCUCGGCUCCCAGUUUGGUGAGCGAGUUGUCGCAUCCAAAGGAUCGCGUAACUAUCACGGCCAUCUGUAACACUUGUUGGUACAUAGGUAGUAUAGCGGCUGCCUGGAUUACUUACGGCACUCGAACCAUCCCAAGCACUUGGUCCUGGAGAAUUCCUUCUCUACUUCAAAUGGCGCCCAGUGUCGUUCAGCUUGCAGCAAUCUGGUUUCUACCCGAAUCUCCCCGAUGGCUCAUUUCCAAAGAUCGCGACCACGAGGCUCUCAAGGCUCUUAAGCAAUAUCAUGGUGAAGGCGAAGAGACUGAGUUGGUGAGACUCGAAUACGAAGAGAUCCGGGCUGCCAUUGAUAAUGAGAAGAGACUUGGAGCUACCACUUGGAAGUCCAUGGUACAAACCAAGGGUAAUCGUUAUCGCAUGUUCCUAGUAAUCUGCAUGGGCUUCUUUUCUCAAUGGUCUGGCAAUGGUUUGAUUUCAUACUAUCUCUCGAGAAUUAUGGAUACUGUGGGCAUCAGGGACAAGAAAACGCAGGCUCUCGUCAACGGUCUUGUGAACAUCUGGAACUUCGGCCUUGCGCUCACAACCGCCUUUUUCGUAGAACGAGUUGGCCGACGCCCCCUCUUCCGAAUCUCUACCGUUGGUAUGCUUAUCGUCUUCAUUGGUUGGACAAUUGCAUCCGCUCGCUUCGCAGAGACCAACGCCAGCUCUGCUGGUAUAGCCGUCAUGGCACUCAUCUUCGUCUACCAAAUCUUCUACUGCAUCGCCUUCUCCCCUCUGCCAGUUGCAUACUCCGUCGAGGUGCUACCCUUCUCCAUUCGAGCCAAGGGUAUGGCUACUUAUGUCUUUGCAACAAAGGCCGCCGUUUUUGUUAACCAAUACGUCAACCCCAUCGGUAUCCAAAACAUAGGGUGGCGGUUUUACAUCGUGUACGUUGCCAUUCUGGCGGUCGAGAGUUGUGUUGCAUAUGGUUGGUUUUUGGAAACGAAGGGCAAAGCGUUGGAGGAGAUUGCUGUUAUAUUCGAUGGUGAACAGGCUAAUGUGCGGAUCGAUAACGGAAAGGAGGAUGGCCCCAUGGAUGUCGAGGAAAGCGAAAACGCCACUUCAAAGGUCUGA